AUGAACAAAAUUUUAUAUAAAAAAUAUAUUUUACUUUAUUCUAAUCAUAGGUUGUUGUUCAUUUAAAUAUUAUAAAGAGGAAACAGGUAUUAAAGAUUUUAACUUUAGUUUUAACUAUAGAAGAAAGAUAAUUAGAUUAGAUAGAAAUUGUGAUUUCUAAUCAAAAUGGUCAAAAUGCGACAACAAAAAUAUUAUUUCAAAAUAAAGAAACUACAGGAAUAAAAUCAAAUUCAUUAUCUAAAGAAUAAAUUUAUUAAAAAAAUUUAGAAUAAUAGUAAGAUUAAACUAAAAAUAAGGAAGGAAAUAAUUCAGAAAUGAUUAAAAAAACAAUAAAUGGAACAAUGAAAUUAACCCCAGAAAUGUUAGUUAGACAGUAAUGUAUUACUGA